AUGCAAUGUCUACAGGUCAGACAACAUCUCAUCAACCAAGGGCUGCACUUCAAGCGCCCAUGCUGUGUUCUGGAGGUCCUGCGCCUGGUGAGGGCCGUUCGAUAUGCUGGGGACCUGCAGCUGAUCGUCAGCUGCUUGAUUCUGUCCCUGCGGACAUUUCUUUGGAGUGUCCUCCUCCUGGUGAUGACGAUCUAUGUCAUGGCCAUCUACAUUACGCAAGCCUGCAACAUCCGUCGAUUUGAGAAUCCGGAUGCUGACGGGAAUGACUUGCUGCAGAAAUGGUGGGGGGACAUCUUCAUUAGCAUGCUGUCUGUUUUUCAGGCCCUCAGUGGAGGAGUGGACUGGAACGACGUUUACCAGCCCGUCUUCAAGUAUGUCUCGCCGGCUCUGGCUGUCUUCUUGGUCGUGUACCUGGCAUUCUGCUACAUGGCGCUGCUGAACGUCAUUACGGGUACAUUCGUGGAAACAGUGGGCCGCCAGGCCAGCGAGCUCAAGAUACGCACGCAGAUACUUCAAGCACGGCGGCUGUUUCAGCAGAUCGACGAAGACCACUCUGGCUUCAUUUCACUGUCGGAGAUCCAGAACCAGACUGCCACGGCCGCCGUUGUGGAUUUCUUUGAGUCGGUGGACGUGGAUCCCUCGGAGGCGCAGUACUUGCUGGAGGUCCUUGACAUGGAUGGGAGUGGCACCAUCAAUUUUGAAGAGUUCCUGCGCGGAACUUUGAGGCUGAACGGCUCUGCUCGGGCGGCGGACUUGCUGCUGGUGGCUCGAGAGAUGAAGAGGUUCUUUGUACACACCGCGGCUGAGAUGGACGUGAUCAAGAGCCAUGUCUAUGUUGUAGCGUAG